AUGAAACUUGGUGCAUCGGAAUUGAUUGCGGAUACCGUUUCACAUGCGCAGCGCUUUCUACAACCCAGAUCAUUAAUUGCUGCGUUUAAAUUUAUCAUCGCACGUCCCCACUUAGCGCACGUCCCCACAACUUUUGAGGCUGUGGAGUUCCAAAUAAUUGUAAAAGCACCAUUAUUAUUUUUUGACGACAAAUUACAUGCAAUAACAUGCACCCAAACUUCAGCAGAUAUAGCAUCCGCAUCAGCGUCAAGGGCUCCUCAACAACAUUUAGAAGAGUUACGCGAGCGAUCUAAGCUCCUGGCGUACAAUAGCCUUUAUCUACUUUUCAUAUAUUCGAAUUUCCUUCGCCACUUCACUACUGUGCGACCACACUAUGCACGACAAUACUUUGCCAGUAUCCCUACCCAUAUCCCUGCACAGUCGAGCAAAAGAGGAGAGUCCUCUUCAAGCAUAUGCAUCCACACUCGUGUUCAGUCCAGCCCGCAGCCUGAUAAGGUGCCUUUUCGAGGACGAACCGAAAGGCUAGCUACGGAAGAACAAAGGGAGGGCCACCACGGUUCGGUCUCCUACGGCUCGGCACACGACUCGACCCCCUGCAUGGACCUUCCCCCCAUCCUGCUACCAAAACCACCAAAACCACAUCUGCUAGUAGCCGUUGACUGGUACCUAGAGCGCGAAACCCUACGAGCUACGCGGUGGCUAAACCCAAACACUAACCAGAACACAGUUACCGAGUAUGCCAGCCCAUCACCGGCCCGACAACGUUCCAAGCCCUCGAAUAGAAUGGCACCACCUCCUCCGCGAAUUGAAUGCCACACAGUACCACUAAAAGCCUUGACUACUGUAGCUUCUCCUAAUAUUCAUGGAGACCCUAUGACACACUACAAGAGAUUCGCAGCGGAGCUACAGCAUCUGUACCAAUCGACCUUCUGGACGGGAAGUUAUAUUUCUUCUCUACCAAAUGUAAAUCCAUUACUAAAUCAGGCCUGUCUCGUUAAGCUUGGACAACGAGGCUUUUAUGAACAUAGGCAUUCGCGCUUCGUUGAACAGGAGCAUGUAGCUUAUAUUCAUUCUAUUCCCAGAUUAAAUGAAAAGACACAAAUGGCGCCGAGAGCCAAUUUCAAUUUAGGGGACCGAACGGGAUUUAAACAAGCUCUCCCCUUUGUACACCUGGAGCCUACCCCAUACUCACCCUUACUUGCUCCCUUACUCACCCAGAGCUCGCCUCCUGCUUACAUUAAGCUCACCUACGACUCGGCUAGCGCCACAGCUACAAAACUCGAAUGCACCAUUAUCAGUCUGUGCUUUAAAUGGUGCACCGGAGACAGAAAUUCGCGUUGCUUCGAAGCGAAGAUAGGUUGCCACACUGAGAUGAAGGAUAAAAAGGCAAGUGAAGUAUCAAUGCAUUUCCAGUUCAAAAACACGGUGCUUGGACUUUUCCGAUCUAGCGCACUACAUCUGCACUACCAAAUACCUCACAUAACAGAGGUCCUAACCUCAGGAUUCUGCAAUGUUUAA